GACCCACUGCACUAAUGCGCUGUCACGCUCCUUCUUCUUCUUCUUCUUCUUCUUCAUCAUCAUCAUCAUCAUCAUCAUUUUCUUUGACUCUCUCCUGUACGUCAACGAAACCUUCUUCCUUAACCUCUUUCAUCUUCUCUCACUCUCUGUUCCAGAAUCUCCUUCCCGCUAGAAGCUUAAUCAUCGAGCAAGAUGUUCACAGAUGGUCUCGAUGAAACUGCAAUUAACUGGAUAAAAAAGGGGACGGAUAAAUCACUGGAAGAUGAAACUCGACUUCGAUCUCCUCUUGCCGAGAAAACCAGCCCCGAUCUAUUUCCCAAAUCUCCUUUACCGUUUAAUUCCAGUGGGUUCAUGUCUUCUCACGCUUUGCCUCCUUUGAAACUCCAUUCUGGAUUGCUUCCUCUUCAUAGUUUGUCUUCUCCUUGCCUGGACGAUGAAGACGAUGACGAUGAUGGAGAUUAUGACAUUAAUGAAAGUAUUGCUUCGGUUCCGUUUGAAGAAGAUGGAGUUUAUUCUGAUGAUGAUGGUAUGGGGUUUCGGGAUUUUGAUGAAGAUGCAUUUAGUUACCAGUCUAGUGUAUAUUCCGGUGGGAUUAAAGGGUCUGGAACCCGAAAUAUGUCCAAUAUCAACAGAGGGCAUUUGAAGGAAAAUCUCAGGAUUGAAGUCCCUGUUAAUUUAAGAAGAUUUCCUGAUGGGAAAUUGGGAGUAAGGAAUUUCCCCCAAAAAUUUUCUACUCCCAAUUAUGGUAGUCAGCGACAGAAUCAAGUCCACUUUCAUAGCGCUCGUGGUUCUCAAGUUCAUGGAAGUUUAUUUGAAGAUUUGUCUGGAACCCCUAGUGCUCCUCCCAUUGCUGAUGUUGGAGGUGGUGAAGAUACAAGCACCGAGUGUGAAAGUCAUACUAGAGGAGAUUCUGAAGGUUCAAGUGAAAUUGAUCAAACUGCUAAUGGACGCCCAUUGCAAGCGCCGGAGGGUCUUGAUGGAUGUAAAGAAGUUUCGACAGAUUGGAAAGCUUACUCUCCAGGAACCACCCAAAAUUUUGAAAGAACUUCAACAGGAGCUAAAGAUUCUUAUAUCUCUAAUCUGCAAGCAAACUAUCCAGAUCCUUCAUCCUGUUACAGCACAAGUGGUCAACAUGCCUGGCAAACGCUACUUGCAUAUGAUGCUUGUAUUCGGUUGUGCCUACAAGCAUGGGAAAGAGGCUGCACAGAUUCACCUGAAUUUUUACGCAAUGGGUGCCUGAUUCUUCGAAAUGCUUUUGGAUUACAUAAAUUUUUAUUGCAACCUCGGCUUGCACAACCGACUGAAAGGGGGAGGAAUGCUGAGCAUUCAGAACAAGUGGUAACUUUGAACCCGAAGAAAGUUGUCGGAAAGAUAAGAGUGGAAGUCAAAAAGCUUAGAUUGAUACCAAAGAGGAAACUGAUGAAUACGUAUUCGCAAAGAGGCUCAGUCUAUAUGCAAGUAGGAGCAGAGUAUAUACGAAAUAUUUCGACUUUGGUAAAAAAUGGCAUAAAUUCUCUAAAAGAGGCUUCAUUCUCUAUUACUUCAGAAGAACAAUUAUCGUGCUUAUUUCAAUUGAAGAGUGCUACAGAAGGCUCUGAUCUGGAGUCAGAUUCUGCUGUUUGCUUGCACCCUGGCAGUGGAGACUACCAUGUCUUUUUCCCAGAGACUCCAGGAGAUACUCUUUUGCUAGAAAUCCAGGAUGUUAAAAAAGCUACCCAAGGUCGAACUAUGAUUUCAGUUUCAUCCUUGAUCGAUAACACCAAUGAUAGGAUUCGGUGGUGGCCCAUAUACCAUGAUGACCAGGAAUGUGUUGGAAAAAUUCAGCUUUCUAUUAUUCAUACAAUGACAAGUGACGAGACUAAUCAUAUGAAGAGUGGACCUGUAGUGGAAACUCUUGCCUAUGAUCUAGUGCUAGAGGCUGCGAUGCGUGCACAAAAGUUUUGUUCCACAAAUCUUAGGAUUGAUGGACUUUGGAAGUGGUUGUUGACUGAAUUUGCAGACUACUAUGGAGUUUCUGACUCAUAUACAAGGAUCAGAUAUCUUUCUCAUGUCAUGAAUGUGGCUACUCCAACUAAAGAUUGCUUAGAGCUCGUAAAUGAAUUACUUGAACCCAUAAUGAAGGCCAAAAGCGAGAAAAGUUUGACUCGCCAAGAGAGAAGUAUACUACUGGAUUGUGAAACUCAAAUUGAGAGUCUGUUGGCAAAUGUUUUUGAGAACUACAAGUCAUUAGAUGAAAACUCCCCCACGGGAUUGGCAGAUUUACUUGGUCCAAUAAAAGACUCUGCAGCACCUGCUCUAAAUCCAGCAGUGAAAAUCUACACGCAGCUCCAUGAUAUACUUUCUCGAGAUGCCCAGAAUACACUGAGGAACUAUUUUCAGAGAGGGGCUAAAAAGCGGUGUCGAAAGUACAUGAUUGAGACUGAUGAGUUUGUCUCGGGAAACUCUGAAGGUCUUCUCAUGGAUCCAAUUACCAUAUCCACGGCAUAUUUGAAGAUGAAACAGCUAUGUAAAAAUAUAGGUGAUGAAAUUCAGGCUGAUAUAAAAAUUCAUAAUCAGCAUAUACUGCCAAGUUCGAUUGACCUGUCAAACAUCACCGCCGCUGUGUACAGUACCGAGUUGUGCAACAGGCUUAGAGGAUUCCUCUCUGCAUGGCCUCCAUCUGGUCCAUUGUCUUACAUAAAUGAGCUUUUAGUAGCUACGGCUGAUUUUGAAAGAAGCCUUGAAUCAUGGAAUAUCAGUCCUGUGCAGGGUGGUUUAGACUCUAGAAAUCUAUUCCACAGCUAUAUAAUGGUGUGGGUACAGGAUAUGCAACUAAGUUUGCUGGAUCUAUGUAAAGCAGAAAAGGUGCCAUGGUCUGGUGUGUCAACAAAUCAUUCCACCUCACCCUUUCCCGAGGAGAUGUAUGAGAAAAUAAGAGAUUCCCUCGUUCAGUAUGAAGUAGUGAUCAAUCGAUGGCCUCAGUAUUCAUUGAUUUUAGAAAAUGCUGUUGCAGAUGUCGAGAGAGCAAUACUAAAAGCACUUGAAAAACAAUACAACGACAUCUUGACACCUCUGAAAGAUACCAUUCCAAAGAGGCUGAAUAUGCAUGUUCAGAAGCUAACAAGAAGACAAUCAAUGGCAAUAUAUUCCGUUCCUAAUCAAUUGGGAAUGUUCCUCAAUACCAUCAAGAGAAUUCUAGAUGUCCUACAUAUUAGAGUUGAAGGUAUCUUGAAGUCGUGGGCUUCCUAUAUGCCUGUGGUGGGAGACAAGAAGUCACUGUUCGGAGAGCAAAUGAAUGGAAUCACGGUUCUUUUGAGGACCAAGUACAAAAACUACUUACAGGCAACUGUAGGGAAGCUCAUAUGCAAUAUGCAAGCCAACCGUAAUACACGGCUGAAAAGGAUUUUGGAGGAAACGAGGGAAGAAGAAGGAGAGCAUGAAGUUCGUGAAAGAAUGCAAAUGCUAAGUUCACAACUCAUUGAUUCCAUAUCAAACUUGCACGAGGUCUUCACAGGUCCUAUAUUUGUUGCAUUGUGUCGUGGGCUCUGGGAUAAGAUGGGACAGAUUGUGUUGAAAUUUCUGGAAGGCAGGAAGGAAAACAGAGUAUGGUACAAUGGAUCAUAUUACGCUCUUGGGAUAUUGGAUGAUACAUUUGCUUCUCAAAUGCAGCGAUUAUUAGGAAAUGCAGUGCAAGAAAAAGAUAUUGAUCCUCCCCGUUCAGUUGUUGAAGCACGAUCAAUUCUCUGCAGGGACUCGGCAAAUGCCACUGACACUGCCACUUAUUUAUAUCUUUGAUACUUUCAACUUCUCUGCCUUCUUCAAUUCAUUCAUAUACAUAAUACCAUAGCUUAGUCAGGUGUAAUAGAUUUAUUUACAAUUUAGGAAUUUGUUAUUCUAUUUAUUCAAUCUAUUUCGAUAGGUUAUAUUGUUGUAAUGUUAUUUACAAGGAUCAUUGUUCUUUCUUGUACACCAUUAAUGUUCAAUUCUUUAUAUAAAGAUCAAUAA